GGAUGGGGGAGAGGCAGAGACCCCAAGACAGGGAGAAGGGGAAGGAGGCAGAGACUCGAGAGAGAAAGGGAAGAGACCCCCGGGGAAAGAUACAGACCCCAGGGCAAGCAAGAGACAAAGGGACCCCGGGGUUAGCAAGACCGAGAGAGUGCCUGGGAAAAGUGAGAGACCCAUGAGAAAAGAUCUCAUCAUAGUCAGCUUUCCCCUUCCCGUCUGCUCCAGCUAUUUUGGGGUGAGCUUCCCAUUCAGGAAAGUCUCAUGUGUCUCAUAUUCUCUGCCCUUUUGUUGCAAGCUUGCUUUUAUUUCAUUGACUCGAUUGGCAGAGUUUGCCGUUUCUCUAUGGUAACAAUGAUUUUUCAUGUGUCAGGGGUUUGCUUGAAGAAAGGAAAAAAAAAAUCUGGAGGGAAAUCUCCCUCAGACGAGUCCCCUGUUGAAGAGAUCCUUUCCCCAGCUACCCAGGCCUAGGAUGACUGCAGAAUCCAAGAGGCUCAUAGUCCAGGACCCCCACGUCCCAGAGGACCAGGAAGGAAUUCUACAAGUCAAGGUAGAGGAAGACCAAGCAUGGGGGCAAAAGAGAUCCAAACUUGAAGGUACCCUCCCACAUACCAGAGAUAUCUUCAGACAACGGUUCAGACAGUUUUGCUAUCAAGAGACUCCUGGGCCCCGUGAGGCCCUAAGCCGCCUUCAGCAACUUUGCCAUCAGUGGCUUAGGCCAGAGAUCCAUACCAAGGAGGAAAUCUUGGAACUGCUAGUGCUGGAGCAGUUUCUGGCAAUCUUGCCUGAGGAACUCCGGACCUGGGUAUGGGAGCAUCAUCCAGAGAAUGGAGAGGAAGUCGUAACUGUGCUGGAGGACUUGGAAAGAGAACUUGAUGAACCAGGACAGCAGGUCCCAUCAGGUGCUCAUGGAAAGGAAGUGGUCUUGGAGGAAAUAGUACCCCUGGAAGAAGGCCAGGAAUCUUCAGGUGCCCAGCUCCAACCCAUGGAGGCCAAUCUGGAAUGUGAAUCUCUAGAGCCACACACCCUACAGGACAAUGGAUCAUUUUUGUGGUUGUCCAUGAUGUCUCAAAGUGCAGGAGAUGAAGACAUUGGUAGAUCAAAUGGAAAUGAAGUGGAAAUACAGCCAGAAAGCAUGAGAGAAAAGUUCCUUAGAGAUCUUGCAAGUCUACUGAAAGGCAAAAGUAAUAACACAAAGAUAUUUUCUAAAGAGAAAUACUGUCAACUCAUAAAGGAAGUAAAAGAAGCUAAAGCAAAGGCAAAAAAGGAAUCCGUUGAUUAUCGCCGUUUAGCCAGAUUUGAUGUGAUCCUUAUACAAGGAAGUGAGAAACUGAUUGAAGCUAUUAAUGGAGAAACAGACAAAAUACGAUAUUAUUUACACAAUGAAGACUUAUUUGAUAUCUUGCAUGAUACACAUCUCAGUAUUGGACAUGGUGGGCGAACCCGCAUGGAAAAAGAGUUGCAAACAAAAUACAAGAAUAUCACUAAAGAGGUUAUAAUGUUAUACUUAACUCUUUGCAGGCCUUGUCAACAAAAGAAUUCAAAGCCACACAAAAAAUGUAAUGUGUCUAAACCCAUAAAGGAAGUUAAUUCAAGAUGCCAUGUUGAACUGAUUGAUAUGCAGUUAAAUCCCGAUGGGGAAUACAAGUUUAUUAUGAGUUAUCAGGAUCACCAAACAAAGUUAAGUUUUUUGCGGCCAUUAAAAUCAAAAAGGUCUGAGGAAGUGGCACAUGCUUUGUUGGAUAUUUUCACAAUUAUUGGAGCACCCAGUGUUUUACAGUCUGAACAUGGAAGAGAGUUUUCAAGUCAGAUUGUCAACGAACUUAGCAUGAUAUCAUCAAAACUGAAAAUUGUCCAUGGAAAGCCUCGGCCCUGUCAGGGCCACGGUUCUGUGGUACAACCUAAUGAGGACAUUCAGAGUAUGAUGAUCUCCUGGAUGCAAAAGAACAACUCCCUAAACUGGUCUGAAGGUCUUUGGUUCAUUCAAAUGAUGAAAAAUCAGUCCUUCCACAGAAACAUGCAGCAUACUCCAUGUGAAGUUGUGUUUGACUCAGAAAACAAAGUUGGUCUGUCCACUUCUAACUUAGUUGAAGACAUUGUUCAUCUGCACACAGAGGGUCAUUUAGAACAAUCUGAACAAAAAGCAGAAAGUAGCCUGAAAGGUAAUGAGGCUGGAACUGACAGUAGUGAUGUGGAAGAGAACCUUGAUAUAACAACUCCUAAAGUAACUGAACUCACAUCUCCUCAGGGCAGUUUACAUUUUUCAUCCUGUGCAGUUUGUGAAAAAGAAUGGCCUGGUUCUCAUUGUAUACUAUGUAAUAGGGACGUCCAUGAAAUCUGUGGCAUAACCUCUUGGGAUGAGGUGGAAGGGUAUAGCCCAAAAGUCACAUGCAGUUUUUGCUGUGGGGCUCAAACAAUGAAAAGGAAGCAUACCAACACUCAUGGAGGUCUGCCUACCCAGGCAUCCAAAAUGCUGAAACAAUCAGGGUCCAAGUUUUCACCAGCCAAAGUUGGAGAUUGGAUGAGAGUUUGAAUGUCCAAUAUAGGUUGAGGCUGGAGGAAACCCAGAAGCAUUUUAACUGUGAUCUUGAUGAGUGAUAAUUUGUAUAACCCUGACACAUGGAGCAUGUUUGACUGAAACAAAGUUCUUUGAAGUCAUGGCCAUGACUUCAAUGUUUGCAUAGAAAGGCUAAUGAUUUUGAAUGAUAGUUUCUGAAGAAGAAAGUUAGGAGCUAUAUCUUUCAAUCACAUCACUAUUAUUGGCCUGUCAUCGUCAAUUUUAGAUCUGUAGUACCUUUUUGGUGUAAGGCACUGAGAAGAGCUAAGAAACAAGGGUCCAAAGAUGAACAUAAGGGGUGUGUGUGUGUGUGUGUGUGUGUAGUUAUGCAAUGUAGGGAUAAAGGUGAGAGUUGGGAACAAUUUUAUGUUAAGUAGGGAAAUGAGGGCGAAUUUAGGUAUGAAUUUGGGUGGGGAAGUCAGUUGAGACAGGGUGGGAUGUAUAAGUGUGGAGAGGACAGGUUGGUUUAUUUGGGCAAAAGUUGAAUUCAGCAAAGACAUAACAUUUCAGAUUUAUGUUCCUGGGGUGAAGUUAGAGAAGAGUUGAAGUCAGACAGUGGUUUUGAGAUUAAGCAAGGUUUAUGUGCUCAGGUCAGGACUUUUGAGGUAAUAAAAGUAAGCUUGGGCUAAGUUGGGAGAAGGGGCUGAAUUCAGACAGGAAGGGUGGGUUCUUUUAGGGUGGAAAGUGCAAUAAAAUAGAAAUAGUAAGUUUAGCUGGUGGGAGGUGAGUUUAAGCAAGGGAUUUGGGAGGUGGGCCAGGGUGUUUAAGUUGGGGGGUAAGGAUAGUUUAGCCUAAGAGUUGGACAAUUCAAAGUGAAGCUGGAUGGGUGACUGUGGAAGUGAAAUGAAUUUGAGCAGUCUUUCAGGUCUUUAGGGCCAGUACCUGGGCCAAGGUAAUGACUUGAGAGCAGGAUACUAGUUUUUAUAUUUCAUCCCUGGUAUCCUGACCACGCCCUAUAGCCUUUGUUAGUUUUUGGAAAAGAUCAGUAAAGUGUUACACACAGACCAGUGAAUGAGCAGAAUGUCAGGUCAGACGGGGCAUUGGAGGUCCAGUGAGGGAUUGAGGAUUUAGCUGUUCCAGAGGGUUGGGUGUGUCAAGAUAUGGAACAUGCCAAAAUCACUAUAGAAAGUGAGAUUCAAGCAAUGUGAUGCUGAAAGAUGCCUAGGUAAAAUUAAGUAUUUUUUUUUAUUCAAAAUACCACUAAUACUUAAGUUUGUUUUUUUUAAUAGAAAUGUGAAAAGUGACAGUGGGCUUAAUAUCCAAACUGAUAAACUGGGGAGAGAAGAGAUUUUCUAACCCAGCUCUGCAACUACAGUUGUGUUAUCUAAAUACUUUAUUGUAUUUUUAUUUUGUAGAACCUGAUAGCCAUUACACAAUUCUGUUUGGAAGGAUUUAAGGUGCCUUUCUUCCUGUCCUUUUACUUUGCCAUCUCUUUCCUUUAACUGGAACAUGUUUUUCUUAAAAAUCUGUUGUAUUUAUUGAAUAAAGGUUUAUGUUCUUUAUUUUGAAAUGUUUUUUAAGUAUGGAAAUU